GGAGCCGCUUUCGGGAUGGCCGGCGCGGAGGAGGGCGAGGGCUGGGACUGGGGCUGCCCCGCCACGCGCGCCCGCCUGGAGGCCGCCUACUUCCCGCCGGGCAGCAGCGGCCGGGAGCGGGAGGCCUUCUGGGCCUUCUUCCGGCGGCUGCGCGGCUUCUGCGGCGCGCGCCAGGGCGCGGGCGCGGAGGCGGAGGGGCGGCCGGCCUACGACCCCGGGUGCCGCCUCAACCUGCGGCUGCCGCGGCGAGAGGCGCCGGGGGUGGCCCCGGCGCGGUCGCGGCCCUUCCGCCUGGCGCUGCUCCGCUUCCUAGACUUCGCGCAGCGCCAGAGCUUCGCCCGCCUGGCGCGCCUGCAGCGCGAGCGCGCCGCCCUUCCCAUCGCCCGCUGCCGGGAGGCGCUGCUGGCCGCCCUGGCGCGCAGCCAGGUGGUGCUGGUGGCCGGGGACACGGGCUGCGGCAAGUCCACGCAGGUGCCCCAGUUCCUCCUGGCCGCCGGUUACGCCCACGUGGCCUGCACCCAGCCGCGGCGCCUGGCCUGCGUGGCCCUGGCCGAGCGGGUGGCCCGCGAGAGCCUGGGGCGGUUCGGGGAGCAGGUGGGCUACCAGAUCCGCUUCGAGAGUGCCCGCUCGCCAGCCACGCGCAUCGUCUUCCUGACGGAGGGCCUGCUCCUGCGCCAGGCCCAGCGAGAGCCCACCCUGCCUGGCUACUGUGUGCUGAUCGCUGAUGAGGUCCAUGAGCGGCACCUGCACUGUGAUUUUCUGCUGGGGGUCCUGCGCCAGCUUCUCCCCACCCGGGCCGACCUCAAGCUAGUGCUCAUGUCGGCCACCAUCAACAUCCGACUCUUUGCCGACUACUUUGGGGGUGCUCCUGUGAUCCAGGUUCCGGGACGACUCUUCCCCAUCAUGGUCCUCUAUGAACCCAUCCACCCUGAGGAAAGCACUGGUGGGCGCAGAGAGCGACUGGACAGCCGGCCCUUCCUGCGUGUGCUCCAGGCCAUUGACCACAAGUAUCCGCCAGAGGAGAGGGGAGACCUGCUCAUCUUCCUCAGCGGUGUGGCUGAGAUCGGGGUGGUUAUGGAGGCUGCGCAGUCUUACGCUGCCUUCACCAAGCGGUGGGUGGUCCUUCCUCUGCACAGCACCCUCUCUGUGGCCGAGCAGGACAAGGUCUUUGACAUUGCUCCACUGGGAGUCCGGAAAUGCAUCAUCUCCACCAACAUUGCAGAGACUUCAGUGACCAUUGAUGGGGUCCGAUUUGUUGUGGAUGCAGGAAAAGUGAAAGAGCUGAGCUAUGACCCGAAGGCCAAACUGCAGCGCCUACAGGAGUUCUGGAUCAGUCGAGCCAGCGCUGAGCAACGCAAGGGCCGGGCAGGCCGGACUGGGCCAGGGGUCUGCUACCGCCUCUAUGCUGAAUCAGACUAUGACAAUUUUGUCCCCUAUCCAGUGCCAGAGAUCCAACGGGUGGCAUUGUAUGCCUUGAUUUUACAGAUGAAGAGCAUGGGCCUGGGUGAUCCCCGAGUGUUCCCUUUCCUGGAGCCACCCCCUCGGGCUAGCCUGGAGGCGGCAGUGGGCUACCUAAAGCAUCAGGGUGCCCUGGACUCGGCAGAGGGCCUCACACCAAUUGGGACUCUCCUGGCUGAGCUGCCAGUUGAUGUGGUGAUUGGGAAGAUGCUGGUGUUGGGGACACUCUUGGACCUGGCUGUGCCCACGCUCACCAUUGCGGCUGUCCUCAGUGUGCCCUCUCCCUUCCUGCGCAGAGGCAGUGGACGCAGCGACCUGGACUGGUUGGUCGCCCGGCGGAGUCUGGGGAGCCCACUGGGAGACCCCCUGACUCUUCUGAACAUCUUCAAUGCCUGGGUUCAGGAGAAAGCUGCCAAUUGCAGAGGAUCCCACCAGUGGUGCCGGCGUCGGGGCCUGGAGGAGCAUCGGCUGUACGAGGCGGCCAAUCUGCGGCGCCAGUUUCAGGAACUGCUCCAGGACCACAAGCUGCUGGGUCCCACUGCUCGGCCUAGCAGCCCGUAUGCGCGACAGAGACGGCACUGGCAGCGUCGAGAACUGUGCAGACUCAAGCAGGAGCACGAGCACAGGGGUGGGCGCCGGCGGAAGCAGUUGCGCCUGCAGGAUGAGGGGGAGGAGGAGGAGGAAGCCGGAUGUGGCCUUUCAUCUGGAGAAGAAGAGAGGGGCAGUUCCUGCCUAGACAUCCAGGAUGUGAAUUUCCAGCUACGGCAUGACAUGGAAGAACUGCAGGCAGCUGCCUCUGAAGCCCACAGGCUCUCGUCCAGCCAGCUGGCUCUCCUGCAGUUAGUGCUGGGCCGUGGCCUUUACCCUCAGCUCGCUGUCCCAGACCCCUUCAAUGAGACUCGCAAGAAUUCAGAACAGAUCUUCCACACGAGGGAUAAAGCUGGUGUUGUCCUGCACCCCACCAGUGUGUUUGCUGACGCUCCAGAGCUGCUGCAUUCGGAGUCCAAGCCUGGCAGGGACACAGGUAAAGAUGCCAAGGAGAGGCUGGUCUGCCACCACCAAAUCCUGUGUUUCGUCUCGCUGCUGGAGACCCACAAGCCCUAUCUUGUGAACUGCCUCCGCCUGCCGGCGCUGCAGGCACUGCUGCUUUUGGCUCGCUCUCUCGAUACCAACGCUGACUGCACACGCAUCGUUGCUGACUCCUGGCUUGAGCUCCAGGUCCCCAUGGUAGAGACAGCUGUGCGGAUGCUUGGCACUGCCCUGCGCCUCCGGGCCUCUUGGGACAAAGUACUGGACAGGUGUCUUGAAAGGCCGGCAAGCCACGCUGUGGAGGAGGGAGGGAGAGAUACACCACCCAGCAUCCCAGAGGUGCGCCAGCUCACCCAUGAGCUGCUGAGCUUCCUGAAGACAGAGGUCCAGUACGGCCUCCGGCGAAUGACCCUUCUGGAGCAGCAGAACCUGUAUGGAGGGCCCCAGAUGGCACCUGCAGAAGCAGAAGGGUUGCCCAGCUUCUUCCAGGGGAUGCAGCUGGUGCCCAAUGAGGUUAAAGGUGGCUACAGGAUUGGCGACUUCCUGACAUUUAAUUGUCUGGCAGGUGAGGGAGAUCUGUACAGUGACUGCCUGCGCAGCUUUUGGACGUGUCCUUGGUGUAGCCUCCGCAUGCCGUUCACUCCUCUGGAGCGCAUGGCCCACGAAGAGGCCUGCCAGUCUCCUGGCCCUGCAGACAGGGAGCCCAGCUUAGAAGGCAAGGAAGGGGGAACAGAGGUGGCUGCCUCUGGCGCCUCCAGCCUGCAGCAACUGUACCACUGUGCCGUCUGCCGGGAGAGCCUCCAUCUCACCCCCACAGAAAUCCUGAAGCAUCGGAAGCAGCAUCAGGGGUGUCUGUGAAAGGGGCCUGGUGGAGACCUGCUCUCUGUCCCAGUCCCAGAUACCCUCCGUCAAUGACUCUGAACUUGGGAGCAUCCCGGGGGAGUGUGGAUAGCCCCCACUUGCUUUCCGGCAGCCUGCAGGGAGCUUGCCCUGUUCGACUCCUGGAUGUUCCUCUCCUGCAGUCAGAAGCCGUGGCACACUCUUCCCCUGCCCAAUCAGGGGCUGCUCUUUGUGCCUCUUAUUCUGCGUGGGAAUGAAACUGAGGUCACUCUCCAGGGGUUUCCUCCGCCACCUUAAUCCUUCUGCCUUGUAGAAGGUCCACACUGACUGCUUCUCUAAAGGGCAGAAAGGCCUCUCCUAGGUGGGCAGAAGCAGAUCAGGCCUUUUAAAGCUUCAGGUGCUGCUUUCUUGACUGACAUAUGCCCUUCGGCAGCAGGAGGCAGCCAAGAUCUCGGUGUGGCCCCAGGCCGACUUGCACUGGUGGGGAGGUGGAACUUCUGUCUAGCUCUUUUACAGAUUUCUUUCUGCUGCUUUGGAUGCCCAGAUUGCAUUUGGGAGCACUUCCUCCCGGAGUCUGCAGCCAAUUGGGGGUGCUUUGACUCCAGUGUUUUCCUAGAAAGUCGACCAGGCUCUGCCUGGCCUUGUCUUUCCUUCAGAGGGAGUGACCAGAAAGAAAAUAGCUUUUCUAAGAACAAGGCAAGCAGCCCCCAGCUGCAGUUGAUCCAUCUGCGCCCCAGCAAAUAAGUAAGCGCUAGAGUAACUGGAACCAGGGUAGCAUUUGUGGGGUGCAAACAGCAGAACUGAGGACUGAUUUCUGAAAGUGGCCUUUUUUUUUUUUAACGAGCCAUCAGGAUCAGCUGAAGUGGGGUGGGGUGGGGUAUGUGGAAGAAACCCUUGGGUGUUUCCCAAAGCUGGGAGCACCCUGGAACUGGCUUUGGCUUGGGGGAUGAGCCCAAGGGAACAGGAGGCAGGCUGCUCCCCAACAAACAUAUGGUUCGGCCCAGUCAAAGUGAAUUGGACCCCUGGAGCUGCUAUGAAAACCUU